GUACUGUCAAAUCCUCGGGCUACCUAUCAUGCACCUACUGGUGAAGGAUUUCGGCCGCCUGAAACUGCUGCGCAUCAUCGACAAAACAUUGUUCGCAUCGUUUUAGAUGCUUUACAGGAAGCUGGAAUCAUUGUAAGUUUAAAUAAUUGGCCAACGCACGGGCUGCCCGUGCGAAGUUGCGUUUUUUUGCAUAGUUCCCCGCAAUUUUUAUCAUUACCAACAUCGGUUUUUUCGGCAAGACCAGGAAUGGGCGCUCCACUACAAGUUGGUGCUGUCGUGGCGCGUACUUUAUCGCAUUUGUGGUCACUUCCACUUUACCCGGUGAACCAUUGCGUUGGCCACAUCGAAAUGGGACGUCUUAUUACGAAUGCCGAAAAUCCGGUUGUGCUUUACGUCAGUGGAGGUAACACACAGGUAAUUUGUUAUUCUAAUCGUCGAUAUCGAAUAUUUGGUGAGACGCUGGAUAUUGCUGUUGGAAACUGCCUGGAUAGAUUCGCUCGAUUAUUAGGACUGCCAAAUGAUCCAUUUCCUGCAUACAAUCUCGAACAACUUGCUCUGGAAGGCAAGAAGCUUAUCGCUUUGCCAUAUACUGUGAAGGGUAUGGAUAUAUCACUCUCCGGCAUACUUUCGUAUAUUGAACAUAAAGGCCUGCAGCUGAUUCAAGAAGGGAAAUGCACGAAAGCAGAUCUCUGCUUCUCUCUGCAGGAGACCGUAUUUGCAAUGUUGACUGAAAUCACGGAGAGGGCAAUGGCGCAUUGCGAGAGCAAGGAAGUUUUGAUCGUCGGUGGUGUUGGUUCCAAUAAGCGACUUCAGUCGAUGAUGUCAAUUAUGGCUCACGAGCGGGACGCAAAAUUGUUUGCAACGGAUGAACGGUUUUGUAUCGACAACGGUGCGAUGAUUGCUCUUGUCGGCUGCCAUAUGGCCCAGGCGAAAAUGGUCAUUCCCAUGGAACAGUGCACUACCACGCAGCGCUUUCGCACAGACCAAGUGCAGGUGGUUUGGAGAGAAUAG